UGUAUAUAUAUGUCUCCAGAUGCAUCGAGUUCUUAUUUACUUCCUUUUUAUUGUGCUCACCUGGGGACAGUCAAAAGAGCAACAUAAAUGUCCAGCUGGACAGCGCUGGCUAGAUGAAGAGAACCAAUGUGCCAUUUUUGGCCAAAUCAUAACUGGCAUCCAAAAAAAUGGAAUAUGUGAAUGGGGUCUUGUGUCAUGGGGGAAGGCCUGUGUAAAGCUGGGAAAGAAACCCAUUUUAUGUCCCAAAGGUCAAAUAUAUAUUCCAAUAGUAAAACGCUGUGCAGAUUGGUUAAUCGAAGAAGCUACAACAGAAAAAAUAUGAUCGACAAUCACCUUAGAUAUAUUUAUAAAUGUAAUUUUUAGUU